GGUAUUGUUAAUUGUAAAUACAGAUUUCGACUGUUUUUAUUCAGUAUCGUUUAUCUUAUGGAAUUGUAGAGUAACAGCAUAACUACAAGAAGGUGUAAUUAGUGAUCCCUGAUAAUGGCUGAUACAUCCAUAGAGUUGACAAAUUUAAAUGAGGAGAGAUGGAGAGUAGUUUUUCAAAAAUAUGACUUAAAUAAUGAUGGGAAGAUUAACAAGAGAGAGUUGAGAGACAUGAUAAGGAGCACUGCCUAUGAACAAGACAUACCAAAACAUGUAGUUAAGGCUAUACACAGGACUGCUGAUAUGAAUCUGGAUGGUGAAUUGGAUUUUCAUGAGUUUCUUCACAUGGUCAACAAUCCAGAUAAUGAGUUAUUCUUCAGUAAAGUCCAAGAGAAGUAUUCGCAGUAUGUGAAUUUCUUGCUGCCAAAGCGAAGGAGGCCUUUGGAGGAAACUACAGUAGAUGGCCGAUAUGAGGAUCAGUACAAAUGCUGUCCACCACCAGUUAUAAUGAUACUGAUUUCUUUGAUAGAGAUUAUACUGUUUGUGGCUGAUCUGGCUUUAGGUAAUGAUUCAAAAGAAAUAACAGGUCCUGUAGCUAAUGCUUUGCUCUAUGACCCACACCAAAGGAAGGAAUUUUGGAGAUUCCUUACUUACAUGUUUGUGCACAUCGGCUUUUACCAUUUGAUUGUGAAUAUCUUGGUGCAAAUUGUUUUGGGUGUACCACUAGAGAUGGUGCACAAUGGAUUACGCGUUGCCGUGGUAUACUUUGCUGGGGUGAUUGCUGGUAGUUUGGGUACAUCCAUCACCGAUCCAACUGUGCGAUUGGCCGGAGCCAGCGGAGGCGUUUAUUCUUUAAUAACUGCCCAUCUAGCUUCAAUCAUUAUGAAUUGGAGCGAGAUGACCUAUCCCAUUAUCCAAAUGAUAAUAUUCGUCGUGCUGAUGGGCAGCGACGUGGGCACUGCCAUCUACAACCGAUACGUGCUGAACGCCGACGAAUCCAUCGGUUACGCUGCUCACUUCUUCGGCGCUUUGGCCGGUCUCCUGGUAGGCAUCUUCGUGCUGCGCAACAUCGAGGUCACCAGGUCGGAGAAGGUCAUCCGAGCCAUCGCCAUCGUUGCCUUCGUCAUCCUUAUGGGAUCAGGCAUUACUAUCAACAUCUUCUACCAGAAUUACUUUCCCGUCCAGAAGGUUUAACAUGACACAGAGCCGUAUUUUCUAAGUGGUGCUAGAAUAAUGUACAAGUAUAAAUGAAGAGUGCCUUAUCAAUACCUCAACAUUCGACAACGAAAAAAAAUUUCCAACACUAUUUUAUAUAAAUACUAUAUGUUUACAAAUGCAUUGUUGCAGCUACAAUUCUAUUUUACUGUUAUGAUUCAAUGUUAAUAUUUUAUUCUCUUAGAAUUUAAUAUUCCCGCAGCUUGUUAAUUUGCAACUGUUAAUGUUUUUCUUUUUAUUUUAAUUGAAGUCUUUACUAUUAUUUAUAUUUUAUUAUUUAUGUUUCUUCGUACUUUUUGUUCUUUGUUCUUAUAUCGUUGUACUUACGCACAAAGAACUGAUGAUGAAACGAAUGUGUAUUUUUAUUUCAUCAUUGAUGCUAUAAUUAUAACUAUUAUUUAAAACCAAAUAAAGUAUU